GGGUUCGUUAUUUAUGAAUAAACUUCUUAGAAGGUUAAAAAAAAUCAUCGAUAUCAAAUCGAGGGGAGGUCUUAACCUGUUAAAAACAUUUAUGUGUGGGUGUUUUCAUCCCUACUUAAAUUAAAAAAAAAUAUAUAUAAUAAUUUCAUUGGUUGAGUGAUUCAGUUAGAAUCUCUCUAUGAGCUAUAAAAUAGAGUAAAAUACUUCAUUACUCGAUAUAAGUUUUACAGUUUAACACCGUCAACAUCGAGUCAGCAACAUGAACAUGUUCACAUCUUACAGAAACUCUUCUAACAUGGACUAUCCUGUCUCGUACAUAAGAAAAAAUGACUUCGGAAAGAUACUGAAUAGAUGGCCAAAAUACACACCACCAAAUCCACCUUCCGAAUUAUUGGACGUUACAUCAUUCAACAUUGAUUUCAGAGAACGUAAGUUUAUUCAAAUUGGAUUUGAUUCUAUUACACUAUAAAUUAAAGCACAUAUUGUCACACCUUGGAGACAUAUAUGCAUUAAUGAGGGUUUUAUUAAUCGUUUAUUCGGAUACAUGGGGCAGUUGCUGUCUAAUGUUUUAUCGACUGUACCUAUUAAGUCCGAAUGUGUGUUAAUAAAUGAGGAUCCGGAUGUUGUUAUCUCAAAAGCGUUUUAUAGAACAGAAAAUGUUAUAAUACUUCAAUCAAGAGUUGUUAAAGACUCGAGAAUUUUACUAACUGCGAGAAACGUACUUAAACUUCAAGAACUAGAAUUUGUUAUUCAUGAAUCUGUUGUACAAAAAUUAUCAUAUGGGCAAAAAGUUAUUAAAUCACAAGUCGAAACUACAAUUAGUUAUUUUUUACAGCAAAAAAUAGAGGAGUUAUCAGAAAAUUCAAUAAAAAAAUUUAUUCGUGAUCAUGAAAAAUUUCCGUCUUGUAUAAAUAUAAAUGCCAACGAACCAGAUUUCACGCAACAAAUAAUAAUGCAUGCAGAUGACUAUAUAGCAAAAGAAGUUUACAAAAAUCAAAUUAAA